AAGCGCACAGCGGUCGUCGUCCGUUCCCCACUUCUCCAUCUUGCACUCCCUCAGAUCACUUCUUUGUGCUCCAAACCCCUCGCCUCCGUCCUCGCCGCUUCGGUAGCUGGGAUCUAUGAGCAGCUGGCAGACUCUUCUCCUGAGGGUCGGCGACAAAUGUCCCGAGUACGGCGGCGGCGUCGACUACAAAGAACACAUUGAAACAUGUUAUGGUGUGCUCUGGCGAGAAUUUGAACAUUCCAAAGAUGAAAUAUCUGAGCUUCUUCUUCAGUGUGCCGAACAGUUGCCGCAUAAAAUUCCAUUUUAUGGAGUGUUGGUUGGUAUGAUAAAUUUAGAGGAUGAGGACUUUGGAAAAAACAUUGUGGAUGAUCUACACUGCAAGCUACAGGAGGCAUUGUCUUCAGAAAAUUGUGACAAGAUUCGUACAUUGAUGAGGUUUCUGACAGUUCUGAUGUGCAGCAAAGUUAUCUUGCCUAGUUCAGUUAUUGAAGUCUUUGAGACACUUUUAUCAUCUGCUGCCACAAUUAUCGAUGAGGAUGCUGGUAAUCCUUCUUGGCAACCAUGUGCUGACUUCUAUAUAACCUGCAUUUUGUCCUGUCUCCCGUGGGGAGGCACAGAAUUGAUUGAGCAAGUUCCAGAUGAGUUUGAUCGAGUCAUUGUUGGAAUACAAUCUUAUUUAAGCAUCAGGAAGCAUUCUCAAGAUACAAGUUUUAUCGUUUUUGAAGCGGAUGAAGACAAAUCUGCUAAAGAAAAGGAUUUUGUGGAAGAUUUAUGGGAUCAUAUACAAAUUCUUUCCACUAAUGGAUGGAAGGUUGAUAGUGUUCCAAGACCUCAUCUAUCAUUUGAAGAACAGUUGGUCUCUGGAAAGUCUUAUAAUCUUUCUCCUAUUAGCUGCCCUAAGCAAUCUACAUCAUCAUCACGGUCUACAAUUUCUAGAGAAAGAGAAAAUUAUGAAGCUAAGUUGAAGUAUCCUCAACGGCUUCGUCGACUUCACAUAUUUCCUUCAAACAAAAUUGAGAAAAUGCAACCAAUUGAUCGGUUCAUUGUUGAAGAGUAUUUGUUGGAUGUGCUGCUUUACUUCAACGGAUGCCGGAAGGAAUGUGCUUCUUACAUGGCUAGCCUGCCUGUGCCCUUCCGCUAUGAAUAUCUGAUGGCAGAGACAAUAUUUUCACAGAUAAUGUUCCUUCCUCAACCACCAUUCAAACCCAUCUACUAUGCGUUAGUUAUCAUUGAUCUUUGUAAG